AUGGCCAAGAAGCGGCCGGCUGCUUCUCCGGCGUCUUCGCCAGCCUCCAAGCGCAGACGUGCAGGCGACGAGGAGACAGCAUGGUACGAGAGCUACGUUGGGGGCACUGCAGAUUAUUACCGCCGCUACAUGGACAAGGAGUGGGGUGUGCCCAUCUACGGCCCAGGCCGAAGCCGCGACAACAAGCUUUUUGAGCUGCUGACCUUGGAGGGCGCUCAAGCCGGACUAAGCUGGGACACGAUCCUCCGAAAGCGCGAGGCUUACCGGCGAUGCUUCGAUGGUUUCGACAUUGCGACAGUGGCAGCAUACACGCCUGCAAAGGUCAAGGCGUUGCUCAACAGCCCGGGGGAGGGCAGUGAGGUCAUCGUCAAGAACCGCGCCAAAAUCGAAAGUACGGUGCGGAACGCAAAGCUUUGUCAAGAGGCGGCUGCGGAAUAUGGCUCUUUUGGCAAGUUCAUGUGGUCCUUCGUCGGGGGGCGGCCGAAAGUCAAUCGCUGGAAGAGCAAGAAAGCCAUUCCGGACAUCACGCCAGAGGCCGUGACCAUGAGCAAGGAGCUCAAGCGGCGUGGCUUUGUCUUUGUCGGGCCCACUGUCUGUUAUGCGCUGAUGCAGUCCACCGGCAUGGUGAACGAUCAUCCGGUCAGCAGUUGGCAGUGGCGCCGUGUGAACGAGAUCGUCACUCGGAGAUUUGGCAAGAGCAAAGGCUGA